UAACGCGAUUAUGUCUGGAUUUUCGCUGUGUUUGUCAAAGACACGGAGCUUUAUUUUCCACCGCGGGUUAUACAGGUUUAUGUAUUAGGGAAUGCUGUUAUGUUAUUCUACGGGUAACUGGUAACAUAGCAGGCCCGUUCAUUGCGCUGCCAACCCUUGUUCCUUUCCUGUGUCAAUGAUUGUCCUCCCCUUACUCUCAUGGCGGAGACUAAAAUAAUAUAUCAUAUAGACGAGGAGGAGACUCCUUAUCUGGUAAAACUGUCCGUUUCUCCAGAGAAAGUCACCUUAGCGGAUUUUAAAAAUGUCCUCAACAAUCGACCGGUCAAUAGCUACAAAUUCUUCUUCAAAUCGAUGGACCAGGAUUUUGGGGUUGUCAAAGAAGAGAUUUCUGAUGACAACGCCAAGCUGCCUUGCUUCAACGGGAGAGUGGUGUCCUGGUUGGUCCUGGCAGAGAGCGCCCAUUCUGAUGGAGGAUCUCAGUGUACAGAGAGCCAUCCAGAGCUGCCCCCUCCUCUUGAGAGAACAGGGGGCAUCGGAGACUCGCGCCCCCCCUCCUUCCACGCCAACGCGGUGAGCAGUCGAGAUGGCCUGGACACCGAGACGGGAACAGAGUCUCUCCUGAGCCACCGCAGAGAGAGAGAGAGAGAGCGCGCACGGAGGAGAGCUCGAGAGACCGAGCUCCCUCGCAUCAACGGUCACUCUAAAUCAGAGCGCACUGCAAGGGAUUCAGCCAUGGGUUAUGACAGUGCCUCAGUAAUGAGCAGCGAGCUGGAGUCCAGCUCAUUUGUGGACAGUGAAGAAGACGAGGAUGCCAGCAGGCUCAGUAGCUCCACGGAACAGAGCUCGUCUUCACAGCUGAUGCGCAGACACAAGCGCCGGCGGCGGAGGCACAAAGUGGCCAAGAUAGACCGGUCUUCAUCCUUCAGCAGUAUCACAGACUCCACUAUGAGCCUCAACAUCAUCACCGUCACACUCAACAUGGAGAAGUACAACUUCUUGGGCAUCAGUAUUGUUGGUCAGAGUAAUGACCGGGGAGAUGGCGGCAUCUACAUCGGCUCCAUCAUGAAGGGAGGAGCUGUGGCUGCUGACGGCAGAAUAGAACCUGGAGACAUGCUCCUCCAGGUGAAUGACGUAAACUUUGAGAACAUGAGCAAUGACGACGCUGUGAGGAUUCUCAGAGAGAUUGUCUCCAAAACUGGUCCUAUUAGUCUUACUGUUGCCAAAUGUUGGGACCCGUCUCCACGAAGCUACUUCACCAUCCCUCGUGCGGAACCCGUGAGACCGAUUGACCCUGCAGCCUGGAUUUCACACACCACUGCCCUGACAGGACCUUAUCCACACUACGGUAAAACUAACCAACCGCUGGAGUCACACACUGUGAAACAUCCUUUCUCUAAAUUUGAUGACUUGCCUCUGUCUGCAAGUAAAACAGACAUGGCCACCAUCGUCAAGGUGAUGCAGUUGCCUGACUCUGGCCUAGAGAUCCGAGACAGGAUGUGGUUGAAGAUCACCAUUGCCAAUGCUGUGAUUGGUGCUGACGUGGUGGACUGGCUUUACUCCAGAGUAGAAGGAUUCAAGGACCGGCGGGAUGCGAGGAAGUAUGCAAGCAGUCUGCUGAAACAUGGCUACCUGAGACACACCGUCAACAAGAUCACCUUCUCCGAACAGUGCUACUAUACCUUUGGGGACCUCUGCCAAAACAUGGCAUCACUCAAUUUAAAUGAGGGAUCCAGCGGUGGAGGCUCUGAGCAGGACACUUUGGCACCGCUCCCUCCCACCAGCAACCCCUGGCCCCUGGGCGGGCAGCCAUUCCCCUACCCUCCCUUUCCCUCCGCACCCCCCAGCUUCCCGCCAGGAUACUCAGACCCAUGCCACAGUUUCCACAGCGGGAGCGCAGGCAGCCAGCACAGCGAGGGAAGCCGAAGCAGUGGAUCUAACCCCAGUGCAGGCAAAGGUAGACGCUCCUCCCCACAGGAGAAGGGUCAAAGGUCAACAUGCAGCGAAUCAGAGCCCGGCAUCCGUGGAGGGAGGCGCGGUGAUCGGUCCGCUAGCCAAAUGAGCCAUCACAGCCACGCCGUCUCCAGUCACAGUCACGCCCGAUCAAGUCUCAGUCACAGUCAGUCACACAGGAGCCACUCGCUCUCACAGAACAGCCACCCCUCCUUCACCUACAGCCACGCCCCGUUCACCCAGCCAGGGCCAGGCUCCUGUGCCCAGAGCGAGCGAAGCCAUGCCUCCUCCUACGGCCCCCCAGGCUUGCCUCCUCCUUAUUGUCUGGCACGUCUGGCCCCCAAGACCUCAGUCAGCAGCAGCACGCCCCCUGGAGCCCCUCCUGGGAGAGAGUUAGCAGCCGUUCCUCCCGAGCUCACCGCCAGUCGCCAGUCCUUCCAGCAUGCUAUGGGCAAUCCCUGUGAGUUCUUUGUUGACAUCAUGUGACAGGACAGUGCCUUUAAAACUCAUGGAGCACAAAAUAAUUCUCCCUGAACCCACAUACCCCCUUCUCUCUUUCCUCUCAAUCUUUUGCCUCUAACUGUCUCUAAGUUCAGAAUGUAGACACUGACUGGCCCUCUACCCACCCCCUGCUAUCUGUCUAUCUCUCUGAUGUUCACGCAAUGGACUACAGGCAGCAAGAGCACAACAGGAGGGAGUCCUCUCACACUUACAAACACGGGUCCUCUGUGGCUGAAAACCCUCUUUUGUAUUGACGUGACGUGUACAGUUUGUGAAACGUGAGUGGUAUUCAGUGUGGUGAUUCUUUAAAGCUGCUGCGCAGACAUUCUCUUGGGAGUGUGUACUCUACGUAGGAUCAUUUCUGUUCUGCAAGACCUUUAAGCUGGCUGGGCCUGGAUCUCAAUCCCCCAGACCCAGACCGACACCUACAGCCCGCACUUAGGAACUUUUUUUCUGGGCCUAGAACUUGGACUGGAUCUCCUGACUCAUAUGUGUGCAUACUGAAAAAAAUUAGCUCAUUACACCAAACCUCUGGCCCCAUUUCCUUUACGCUGUGGCACAGCCACCAGCUUACCUGCCAACUACUUAAAAUUGACCAUGAUCAGUUCACAAACCGUGGAUUUCUUCAACUUCAUAAGGGAGGCCCUGUAGCCAGCCAGUAGUUAAACUAGGCUGCAUAUUGCAUGACUGUCUCAACUGCUUUAAAGAAAAGAAAUUUUAUUAAUACAUUUCGUUUAAAGUAUUACCAUUAUUUGGGGGAGGGGAUACCUCUUACCAAUGGUCUAAAGGAAGAAUCCGUACACUGGAUGAUUUUUGUGAUGUUAUUUAUGUGAUCAUGUUGCAUUAAUGGUGUCAUACUUUGUCUACUACGGCUGACUAACAGACAAUCAGACAUCACCCUUUGUGAAUCAGUGGCCAGUUUCAACUGUCCUCGCUGUGCUUUGUCGAAUGUAUCAUUAUUCCUGUCAGUGAUUAGGCCCUGACACUCAUAACACUUUGGUUUAAACACUUUUAACGUAAUCAGAUCAACUUACAAACAGGAUUGCAAACAGUGCACACCCACCACAGCAGUGGACGCAAACUCACAGGGUUGACAUGAGAUAAACCACUUUGCUGAAAGCGUAAUUGUCAUCACCUUAUUCGCAAGUGUGAGCUUAGAUAAAAGUCAGUGCGAUAAAAGCCAAAGCCUCACGUUGUGUGGUGGAUAUUUAGAAACUGUCUGAGAUGUAAAUCUCUGUCUAUGAUUUUCAUCAGAAACUUCUCAUUUUACAACUUCAAAGUGACUUCAAGGGGAAUCCUGGCCUUCACAUUCUGAUAUCCUUAUGAAACAAUGGCAAACCCCUGUUGUAUCUACCUAGAAUAUAGUUACAAGAGGGAAAUAACAUGCACACACACACACACAAACACACACUAGAUUUAUGAGCACUUUUGUCAUUUUGUCUCUCCCUCCCUUUAGUAUGAAACACUGUUUGCAAUCAAAGCUUUCUCUUUAAUUUUGUUUCUUUUCAAAAGAAGA